AUGCAACCUACAAGUGUAGCUGCAGUUGCUGCUGAUGCUGCUGCUGCUGUUGCUGCAGCAGCAGCAGCAGCAGCAGCAGAACAAGGCCGUCGUUUGCUGCUGCAUAAUAUACCUUCUUACGUUGAUGGUUCUUGCUGCUUCCUGGAAGACACAGCAGCAGCAGCAGCAGCAGCAGCAGCAACAGCAGCAGCAGCAGCAGCAGCAGCAACAGAAACUACCAAUGAUCCCCCUCCCCCCAGCACCCCCACCACCACCGCCAUCAGCACCAUCAGCACCAGCAGCACCAUCAAA